AAACAAAAAAUUUCAUUGAGCCAAAACCAAUCGAGACCGACAUUUCUCCGACGAAUCGAUCCGUAUUCUUAUGAGUUAUUAGCGAAAACCCUAAGUCGAAAAAUGUCGACGUGGCACUUGUUCCCCGACGCCGGCGAGAAUUUCCGGUGGCGAAUCUCAGGUCCGGGCCCCAACGCCCCACCGCCGGACGCCGCCUUCUAUCCGGACAACGAAGAUCCCAGCUCGAGCAAUCGCCUGCCUUCCAUGGCCGACCUGUUGCUUCAAGGCUGCUCGAAACUCGCGGUGGAGAGUCAGAUGAAUCACGGCGGAGGCGUCGCGAUGUUCCGCAGUGGACUCGGUAGAUCCGUUUCCGUCAAGCCUUCGUCGUUAGCCAAAGCGGCUUCACUUCUCGCCUCCGAUUCAGGCCGAAUAAGAGGUAGUGAAGGAGAGAUUAGAGGCGGUGGUUUCGGUGAUUCACUUUUCCAGACUGCAUCUGGGAAAGCGGUGAAUAUAUCUUCCAAAGGUCUUGUCAAGGCUAAGAAAUUGCUUAGUUUGGGAGAUGAGAGUGAGGACUGUGAUCUUUUAUCGGGUUCCAGUGGUGGCGAGGUUAAGGAGGCUGUAUCGGUUUCAAGGUCUUCGGUGAAUUAUAUGAAUGGUUCGGCGGAUAGUGGAAUAACAAAUGUGUCCAGUCUGAGUUCUAAGCAAGCUGAAGUGUGUAGUGCAGCUCAUACACCUUCAUCAGUUAAGUUAUGUACGUCCGGAGGAAGAUCUAAUUCUGUUUCUUCUGAUGGAUGUAAGGCUGGUUCUUUGCAGACUGGAUUUGAGAAUGAGUUUAAUCAGAGUUAUAUGAAAUCCGAGGUUACACCUUCAUCAGUCCAGUUAGAUACACUCAGUGGAAGAACAGUGUCUGUUUCAAAUAAUGCACACAAGACUGGUUCAGUGCAAAGUAGAUUUAAGAAUGAGUCAAAGCUGAAUCAUAUACAAUCCAAAAUGCCUAGUUCAGUGUGUACGCCUUCACCAGGAGGAAGCUUUGAUUCUCUUUCCACUGAUGCACAUAAGACUGAUUCAGGGCAAAGUGGAGUUACAUAUGACACUGAUCUGAGUUUUAUUCAAUCCCAUAAGCCUAAUUUAGCACCCAAACCUCCAUCAAUCAAAUUCAAUACAGCUGGAGGAAGAUCUAUAUCUGUUUCCACUGAUGCACUACAACGUGCAAGGAGUCUCCUUGGUGACCCAGACUUGGGAACUCUUUUGAAUGAGGGGUAUUCAGACGCGGAUUUGACAUUUUUAAAAGGUAGAGAACAUGAAAGUCGCACUGCCUCUUCCCACCAGAAAAUCCCUAAGACCAAAUUUUUAACAAAGAGUUUUGUAUCUCCACUGCAAUCAUCCAGUGAUCAAGUGCGGACAUCAGCAGUCAAGUCAGAUAGUACAAAUUGGGGAACUAACCUGAUCAGCCAAUUUGAUGUUGUUAGCAAUGAAAAUGCCCGCAGUGAGUUGUCUUGUGGCAAAAGACCCUUCAGCAACACACCCUGUGCCCUCACUACAGUAGAAAACAAUAAUUUAGCAAAUGGCACUGUUGAAAGGAUUAACCAUGUUGAAAGAUCAUUAGCCAAGCCACUGGUGGAUAUUUCAAAUACCAUUGGCACCACUAGUCUGAGUAAUAUUCAAAUGGCUGGUGUAAAGAGGAGGCUAGGAGGAAAUUCCAUUUCGUCGUUCAAGAAGCCUCGCAUAUCCAACUUCUCCACUCCAUUGCAUAGGGAUAUUCCAAUUGUUCCUAAGGGUUUGCCUACAUUUCCCUCUAACCAUUCAAGUUUCAAAGUAAGGGUUUCUACUCGAUAUCCUGUCCUGGCAGCUAGAAUGUCUAUGAAGAAAUAUUUUGGAAUGCCACCAUCAGAUCAAACCACGGUAGACUGCAUUUCAGAUCAGGUGAGAAGAGUUACAGCAACUAACGCAGAAGAUUACAUGUUUCCUAAGGAAUCUGGCUUAAACUACAUAGGGGCGGAAGCUGUUUUCCGCAUGUUGGCUUCUUCCGGAGCCUCAACACAAAAUACUUCCAGAGAGUGGGUCAUUAAUCACUACAAGUGGAUUGUCUGGAAACUGGCUUGUUAUGAAAGAAACUAUCCAACUAAAGCUUUAGGAAAGUUUUUGACGCUGCCCAAUGUGCUUGAAGAACUGAAGUAUAGAUAUGAAAGAGAAGUGAAUCAUGGUCACCGCUCUGCAAUUAAGAAAAUACUGGAAGGAGAUGCCUCAGCUUCUUCCAUGUUGGUCUUAUGCAUUUCAGCUAUCCGCUCAAAACAUGACCCUAAUAUAAACACUAGCUCAGGAGCUGGAAAUAGCAGUGGUGCAAAAGUUGAACUAACUGAUGGAUGGUAUUCAGUUGAUGCCAUUCUGGAUGCUCUCCUAUCAAAGCAGCUUGCUAGUGGAAAAUUGUUUGUUGGACAGAAACUUCGGAUCUGGGGAGCAGGACUCUGCGGCUGGGUUGGGCCUAUUUCACCCCUUGAGGUGUCGAGAGAAGUUAUUUUACGGCUACACAUAAAUGGCACAUAUAGAGCUCAUUGGGAUGAUCGAUUGGGAUUUUGCAACCAAGUAGGUUCUCCCUUAGCGUUUAAGUGCAUCAAGACCGAUGGGGGUCUUGUUCCUUGGACUCUUAUAGGAAUCAAACGGAUAUACCCUGUGUUAUACAAAGAAAGGUUGAGUAAUGGAAGAUCUGUUGUGAGAUCAGAGAGGUUGGAGACCAAAAUGAUGCAAUCACAUUGCCAGAGGCGCUCUAAUGUUAUAGAGGGCAUUAUUUCUGAGUUCCAAAGAGGACUAGAACAUUCACAAACAUGUAAUGAGAGAGAUAGUGAAGGGGCAAAACUCUUGAGGAUGCUAGAGACAGCUGCUGAGCCUGAAGUUUUGAUGGCAGAGAUGAGUACAGAACAAUUGAAUUCUUUUACCAAAUAUCGAGCAAAAUUAGAGGCAAUCAAGCAGUCAGAUAUGGAGAAAUCAAUUAUGAAAGCACUAGAAGAUGCUGGAUUAGCUGAGAGGGAAGUGAUGCCAUUAAUGAGGGUGAGAGUAGUUGGACUAACUAGAAACAUAUACGAAGGAAAAGACAGUCCCAAAGAAGGCUUAAUAACAAUCUGGAACCCAUCAGAGAAGCAGAAGUCUGAGUUGGUCGAGGGGCAAGCAUAUACUGUUUCUGACCUUAUUCCAACAAGUCCGAGUGCUGAUAUUCUAUACUUGCUAGCAAGAGGUUCUAAAACAAAAUGGAAGCCUUUAUCUCAGCAGGCAACAGACCACUUUAGGCCCUUUUUCAGUCCUCGCAAAUCAAUAUUAUUGUCAGACUUUGGUCAAAUUCCUCUUUCCAGUGAUUUUGAUAUUGCCGCAUUCGUUGUGUUUGUUGGGGACGUUUAUACAGCUGGUCACCAAAAGAAACAGUGGGUCUUUGUGACAGAUGGCUCUAUUUCUGUGUCAAAGUCAGAAGAAUUAAAUAAUUCAUUACUUGCUAUCUGCUUUUGUUCACCGCAUAUUGAUGAUCAACCAGAUGCUCCUAUAAACUACAACCUCACAGGUUCAACGGUCGGUUUUUGUAAUCUCAUCAAGAGAGCAAAGGACCAAGUGAAUGCUCUAUGGGUAGCUGAAGCUACAGAAAACUCGGGAUACUUUUUGUGUUUUGACUCUCGACAUUGUUCACAUCUCAAAGGUGCUGCUGCCUCUGCUGAAAGAUGGGGAAGGAUCUCUAGCUUGAAGAUCAAUAGGCUCAAGGAGAGGGUUCUAUGUAUAAUUGGUAAAGGCUAAGAUGGUGGAAAGAGCUGAUUUCAUAUGGAUGUAAGCCUUCGUACACCUUUCUGUUUUACUACAUAAACAUAGGCUCUAUGCGUGUGAGCAUCAGUGUUCAAAUUGGAGUGUCAGAGUGCUGAGUAACUCAAAAUUCAGAACGCUGCUGUACAAUCUCCCAUUUGUCUUGAGUUUCACCUCAAUGUGAUCAUAGUAGAUAAGAAAUGGUUGUAUAACUUGCGCUUUUCCUUUUCAUUAAACUGAAAAAGGUUAUUUCAAUGCAGUUGAUAAUGAUAGGAACUGUAUGCACAUUUAGGUUGUUAGCUUACUUGACCUAGAAUGUAGAUAGAAUGAUAGGAACUGUGUUAUUGGACUUCACACUGUAAAGGUUCGUAGGCAAUUUAUCAUUUACUUGUUGGAAGUUGUGUUGAUGCUGCCUCAUCUCCUCUUACCCCAGAUUUUGGUCUAGCAUUCAAUAGAGAAGCUUCAAUUGGGAAGUAGCAAUUUGUAUUGGUAUUCAUACGGUGGUCGUUUGGACUUGUGAAGGCAUUACAUAAUACUUAUUUAUGUUGCAGUUAAAGCCAAGUUAUGCCUUCGACUGCUCUCCGAUGACCAUAGAUUUGCAGGCUUUUGUACCUCUUGUGAAAUAGGAAAAUCUGAUAUUUCAACUUCUCCAUUUUGUAAUCUCGCACUUACGGCACUUACCUAUUACAUACAUGCUCGUGGAAAAAGUUAAUUCUAAGUCGAAUUAUAUUGUUUUGGCCAUU